GUGAGUGAGGGGUCCGAGGUGCCUCCUGCACACCACACACACACACACACACACACACACACACACACACACACACACACACACACCACAGAGAGCGCAUCAUCUAGACGUGACCCUUGCCAGCCAGCUCCCAGGUCCAGAGAGAUUGGGUGCUGCCCACUACAGGAGGCAGUGCCUGGAUCCAGCUGCCAGGGCGAGACGGAGUCCACAGCUGGCGAGGCCGGGCCCUGCCCGAAGGGACACCAGUGUCCUCCACUGGCCCCUGUGUCCCAGAGCCCACAGGACUCUCCCGCUGGCCCCACCAUGACAUCAGAGCCUACAUCACCGCCAGUGGUGCCCCCUCUCCACUCCCCCAAGUCUCCUGUCUGGCCCACCUUCCCUUUCCACAGGGAGGGCAGUAGGAUCUGGGAACGUGGUGGUGGUAUUGCGCCUCGGGACCUGCCCAGCCCUCUGCCCACGAAACGGACCAGGACAUACUCCGCGACAGCUCGAGCCUCGGCUGGCCCCGUGUUCAAGGGUGUCUGUAAGCAGUUCUCACGCUCACAGGGCCACGGCUUCAUCACACCUGAGAAUGGCACCGAGGACAUCUUCGUGCAUGUUUCUGACAUCGAGGGGGAGUAUGUGCCAGUGGAAGGCGAUGAGGUGACCUACAAGAUGUGCCCCAUCCCACCCAAGAACCAGAAGUUUCAGGCUGUGGAGGUGGUGCUCACCCAGCUGGCGCCCCAUAUUCCCCACGAGACAUGGUCUGGCCAGGUUGUAGGGUCCUAGGCAGCCGGGGUGGGGGUACUCCCAGGAGGAGGCAGGCAGCAGCCAGCUCUGUGCUCCCACCGCGCUGCUGACCCAGCUCUUGGGUGUGCUGCCUUGUCUGUCUGUCUGUGCUUGUGGCCGUGAUGUGUGCUUCCACCCGCCUGUGACCCGUGACAUGUGUGAUCCGGCCUAGGGUUGGGAGUACAGCUACCAGUCCUGCCUUGGCCCGUCUCUCCUUCCUCUCAACCCUGCCACGUAAACACAGGACUGUCUCACCCUCUUGCCCGCUGUCUAUAUACCAAGUCUCUGUGGGUGUGUGUCAUGUUCUUGAGAACCCGGGGCGACCCCUCUCCCAUGAGCCUGUUCCUCACCGCUGUCCUCAGAUCUCCUCAGUCCAGUACCCAUCCCUGUGUCUCCUUGUGCUGGACCUGGGUAUCUGCCACGGCCUGGACCUUUCCUCUCAGAAAACCAGGCCUACACACAUCAGGUUUUGUAGGGGCCUCUAACUUUAGGGAGGAAGAGGACAAAACAUGGAACGUAAUGGCCAGCCC